AUGGCUCGAUUUCACUUCCGUUUUCUCCAUUUCUUCGUCUUCCUCUUCGAUGCCGCCUACGUCUCAGCUUCUCGUUCGAGUUUCGAAUCGGAUUUUUCGAUAAUUGAUUCCGAUUCCGAGGGUCUAUUGUUUCAUCGUGAUUACUCUCCUCCGGCGCCUCCUCCGCCGCCGCCUCACGCGCCGUCGGUCUCUUGUACUGAUGACCUCGGCGGGGUAGGUUCUCUGGAUUCAACGUGUCAAAUUGUGGCCGAUUUGAACCUUACUCGUGACGUGUAUCAUGGUGAUGUUCUGAUCGUCUUGUACAGGGGAGGAUUAGGCAGAGACCAGAGUGGUGGUGGAGAAAAUGGAACUGUGACUGGUAAAACUUGUCCAAAGGGGCUGUAUGGGACAUUUUGUGCAGAAUGUCCUGUUGGUACUUACAAGAAUGUUAGUGGAUCUGAUAGUUCUCUCUGUCGCCCUUGCCCUGCUUCACAGCUUCCCCACCGUGCUGUUUAUGUUUAUGUUCGAGGUGGUGUUGCUGAAACCCCUUGCCCUUUUGAAUGCAUUUCGGACAGAUAUCACAUGCCACACUGUUUUACAGCUCUCGAAGAGUUAAUCUACACAUUUGGGGGACCUUGGUUAUUUGGUUUUUUACUUCUAGGUCUUCUCAUCCUCUUAGCACUGGUGCUUAGUGUUGCACGAAUGAAAUUUGUUGGUGUUGAUGAGUUACCUGGCCCAGCUCCUACUCAGCAUGGCUCUCAGAGAGAUCAUUCUUUCCCAUUCCUGGAGUCAUUGAAUGAGGUCUUAGAAACAAACAGAGUUGAAGAGUCACAGAGCCAUGUCCACCGAAUGUAUUUCAUGGGCCCUAAUACUUUCAGCGAACCUUGGCAUCUGCCCCACACUCCUCCAGAAGAAAUAAAAGAGAUUGUAUAUGAGGGUGCAUACAAUACAUUCGUGGAUGAGAUCAAUGCAAUUGCUGCUUACCAGUGGUGGGAAGGUGCAAUUUACACCAUUCUUUCCAUUCUUGCUUAUCCCCUUGCUUUGUCAUGGCAGCAAUGGCGCCGAAGAAUGAGAUUGCAACGACUACGUGAGUUUGUACGAUCAGAAUAUGAUCAUGCCUGCUUACGUUCGUGCCGUUCACGGGCUCUCUAUGAGGGGCUUAAGGUCUCUGCAACUACUGAUUUAAUGCUGGCUUAUGUGGACUUCUUCCUUGGUGGAGACGAAAAGAGAACAGACCUUCCUCCUCGCCUCCCUCAGAGAUUUCCUAUGGCUAUAAUAUUUGGAGGUGAUGGAAGCUAUAUGGCUCCAUUUUCCCUUCAGAUUGAUAACGUCCUUACCAGUCUUAUGAGUCAGCUGGUGGCCCCUACUACUUGGUAUCGACUGGUGGCAGGUUUGAAUGCACAAUUACGCCUGGUUCGUCGCGGACGUCUGAGAUCAACAUUUCGGCCUGUUCUUCGAUGGCUUGAAAUGCAUGCUAAUCCUGCUUUGAGAAUCCAUGGUGUACGCAUUGCUCUUGCCUGGUCACAGGCUACACCUGGGAAUUAUCGCCAGUAUGGACUUUUGGUGUAUUCUGUUGAAGAGGAAAAUGAACCUAUAUGCUUGGGAAAUACCAAUGGUGGAGUCAAAACUGAGACUUUUUCACGUGUGAAGACCACUGACAUGCCAAAUGAAUCUGGUUCUCCAAGAGAAGAUGUGCCUUUAACCCAAGGUCACCGGAGCAGCGAAGGUUUUGCAAGGCGGAAGAGGAGUUACAGAGGACUUAUAGAUGCUAACAGCUUACAAAAGCUUGAAGAGAAGAGAGAUAUAUUUUACCUUCUCUCUUUCAUACUCCAUAACACUAAACCUGGUGGUCACCAGGAUCUUGUUGGUUUAGUCAUAUCAAUGCUACUUUUAGGAGAUUUUAGCUUAGUGUUGCUUACCUUCCUACAGUUGUAUUCAAUUUCAUUGGUGGAUGUCUUUCUAGUUUUGUUUAUUUUACCUCUGGGGAUUCUUCUUCCGUUUCCUGCUGGUAUAAAUGCUUUAUUCAGUCAUGGACCAAGGCGAUCCGCAGGUUUGGCACGUUUUUACGCCUUGUGGAACUUAACAUCCUUGAUUAAUGUUGGUGUUGCAUUCCUUUGUGGGUAUGUUCACUAUCACCAUCAGCUGUCAUCAAGCAAAAUGAUCCCGAAUCUUCAGCCGUGGAAUAUUAACAUGGAUGAAAGCGAAUGGUGGAUUUUCCCGGUUGGACUGGUAAUGUGUAAGCUUUUCCAAUCACAACUUAUAAACUGGCAUAUAGCCAAUCUAGAGAUACAAGACCGCUCAUUGUAUAGUAAUGAUUUUGAGCUAUUUUGGCAGUCAUAAAGCACCGUUGCUAAAAGACAUAUAUAGACUUACGCAUUAACAAGGUUCUUUCUUUUACUUUUUACUGUUUUUGUAUGCAACUUGGUUAACAAGUCCAGUUCUUGACAAAGUAGAAAUAGAAACAGAGGGUUAAAAACAAGUGCGACUAGAAUGGCAUUUAUUUGUUGUAAGUUCUCAAAAUUUCUUUUACAUAUUAAUUUUUGGGAGUUGCAAUGUAAAUAAAAAGAAUUGGGGGUUAUUAUACUAAUGGUUUUAGAGAAUUCAUUUGUAUAUUUCAUUUGGUGCUGUAA